AUGAAACCAUCUAAACUGCAAGAUCAUCUGAGAAGAUGCCACCCUGAUAAAACAGAGAAAGAUUUGAAAUACUAUCAAACACUCAAAGAUAAAUUUCAGAAGAGACCUACACUGGACAGAAUGUUCGCUUCGGUGUCACAAAGAAAUGAUGAUGGUUUGCGGGCGUCUUACAAUAUCUACUUAUAG